AUGGAUAUGGACGAAGACGUCAAACCGGACCUUGCUGCUCUUCAGGCCGCCUGGGCCAAUGGAUGGCGUAUGGCCUCCACUGUCAAUGCCACCUUCAUGUGGCUCUAUAAAGCACGCGGAGACGGCUGGUGGCGGUUUGAUCCACGCGACGAGAGGCUAGUCGAGGAAGGGUUCCAGGCGGGACAGGAAAUGAUGUUUAUCACUAUUUUGGGCAACCAAUACGAGAUCGACUUCGACCUGAAUCUUCAAACUCCCGUUCUCAACCGCUCAAUCCCAAGAGAGAUUUGGCGUGUGACGGCCGAGGAAUUUGAUGGACUGGUAAUCCGCGGUGUCGCUGGAGUUACGGACCCAAUUUAUUGGGAUGUUAAAUAA